UUUUUUUUUCAGUCAGAUUGGCUGCAUUGUCACUGCUAAAUCCUCGGAGCUACUAAUACGAAUUGAAUGUGGAUGUUACAGAAGAAAAGACUCACAUAUUAACAUUCACAUCAAGAUUAGUUUAUUAGCAACUGGGAAAUUUCGCUUGAAAAACUAAAACUGUCUAGAUACAAUAGAACCUAUGAGAUUUCUAAUAUGUCUUUUGUAUCUAUCCAUGUUAAAGAAUCUUCUAUUUGUCAUUUUAACAAAAUUAUUCAUUUUGUUUUUUUCAGGGAAUUAUUGAAAAGUCCAAUGAAUUAAAUGAACAAUUGCAAAAUUUUGAACAAAACGAUCAAAAAUCGAUUCUAAUCAUUAUUGUCGAUGGUCGUAUUAAUCAACAACGUAUACAUAUUCCAUUUAUUCGACAACUAAUUGAUAAAUCUGAUCUUUCUUGUAAUAAAUCAACUGAAACCCUAGGCGAACAUCUUGUAAGCAAGAUCUUGGCCAAGAUCUUGGGUACAGAAAUGUUAGUAGAUCUUGAAAAUUUAGGUACAAGAUAA